AAUUUACGUAUAUUUCACACGUUAAACUCCACUGUGAUUACACAGGAAAUGCAACUUCAACCUCCAGCCUAUGAAAGUCUUGUAGCUGUGGAUAUGACAGGAGAUGAACAUCUUGAUGUUGUUGUUGAACAAGGCAUACAUCCAGUAAAACGACGUCCAUUCAGUAAAUCUCUUCGUAACCGAUUAAAUCAUAUUGUCAGUAUGUAUAUACCUGGUAAUAAUACAGUAGACAACAGAUUGGACGGAAAUGAUGAAUCAACUGAUCAUACAGGAUUAUUAUCUUCUAAUGAAGCAAAGUUAGAUUUCAAUUUGAUGAAAGACAAUGAAUUAUACGAUAUCAAGUUGAUUUAUUCAAGUGAACAGAUAAUUAAAAGUAUUCUACGCAAUACAAACUUGCCAGAGAAAUUAUCUAUGAGUGAUCCACCAAGAAUCAUAUCACUUGCAGCAGAUCAUAACACAAUCUACAUAGGCUUUGAACAUCUACCCUAUAUAUUUCUAAUUUCCACAGAGUUAACAAACACUACUAAAUGCGAACGAAAUAUCUUCAAAGGAUACUUAAAUCUACAUUCUCCUGGGGUAGGGAAUAUCUUACCGAUUGAAUUAUGUACUUAUUCAGUUCAACCUGAUCAUACUAUCCUGUAUAUUGUCGGGAUUAUACAACAAACAGAAUGCGUAACGGUAAAAAAGAAGUGGAUCUUGGCAAAAUUUGAUUCCACUGGUCAACAGCUUGCUCGUAGUCGUGUUUAUUCAUAUCAACGUUAUUCUGGUUUGUCAGUUGACACAAAUGAUGGUCAUUUAUUGUUGGCCUGUCCAUCGAUUAGUGAGUGUGUUACAUCAAAUAACAAUAAUAGUAAUAAUAAUGAUUCACCUGGACAGAUAUGCAAAUUAACCCCAGGAUUCGAACGUCGUAUAUUUUCAAUAACAAUGGGUAAAGAAUCAGUAUUCUAUAAACCAAAUUAUGUUACUCAAGAAACAGCUGGUCAUUGUUGUUGGGCGUCUGUUGAACGUUUAUCAUCACAAUGUAAAGAGAAUUUAGAGAAUAUUCAUCAACCAACAAGACGACUAUUAGCAUUUCCUGGACGUCAACCAAAUAGUGAAUCAAAACAGAGUGCACGAGAUUGGUUACAUGCUUAUUCAUGGGAUUUUGCUGAUCUUAAACCAGGUAGAAUAUGUGCAUACGAUGCUAAUCGUCUAUUGGUAAUUGAUUCUAAAAUUGGAACAUUAUCCUAUAUCACUUGGUCAAAUGAUCAAGAAAAACCAAAUCUAUAUCGUAUUACUCGUCCAUCAUCUAAGCCUAUUCGUUUGUUAUAUUCAACAUAUAAUAAUAGUCCAACGAGUUCAAGUGAAAUACAAAUAAAUGUUGCCUAUUUUGUUGCUGGUUCUAGUAUAUUUUCAUUCUCGUUUCGUGAUAACACGUCUUCAUCAACUGUCACCGCUAACAAUAUGAAUAUUGAUCAUGACAACUCGAAUAAUACUGUUAACAAGUAAAUAAAUCAAUGACGAUCGAUAAUUGAUCAUUUCAAGUCCCUUCUCAUCGAUAACUUGUAUAGUAUCAUCUUAAUUGAUAAUUGUCAUUAUCAUCAUUGAUAACCAAAGUUAUUGUUAUGAGUGUCAGUGAAAUUUAUAUGCUUCAUGGUUUUGUUUUCUCGACUAUCAUUGGUAUUUUUAUUGACAUUGGUAUUGAUUUUUUAAAAAUGUACUCACCUUCAUUAUUGUUUAUUUUGAUUUUUUUUCUUAAAGAGUUAAUUGUGGUCAUUGUUACUUCUUCACUAACCACGCAACUUUCCAUCUCUAGAUGGGUCUACUAUGAUUAUUGUUGUGUUUACUCGAGGAGACCAGUUUCUUUUUGUAAUCGAAGGUAAAAUGUACAAUUUACAUAUUGAAGUGUUACUGAUGGUCACCGGAGGUGAGAUGAAACAGGGGAGAAUCGAUACCAAUUCUCUUAUCUGUUUAUCAAAAAAGUAGUUUAUAUGAAGUUGUUAACAGCCGUCAUUUUUUGACUUUUGUGUAUAUUCAAAGAGCUGGAUCUAUUCAACACUAAUAUUCUUGCUAUAAUUUUAAUGAAAUGAAAGAAAUCAGAUAUAGUCGGCU